AGAAACUUGCAUAUAUCAGUCUCUAAAGCCUUCCAUUCCCGCUACAUAGCACACUGCUGAAACUACAAUAAUGGGUCCUGAAAAACUCAUCCUCACCUAUGAAUCUGCUCUCGUGAUAGUCUGUCUCGUGCUCGCGCUGCACGCAUAUCCAGACACAUGUCGGACAAUACUUUGGCAGUACGGGGGCUCUGAGGGCUGGAACUCGAACCCCCAAGAUCGAAUCUACUUUUACGCCAACUACCGCGAUCCACCCCCGAUUCCCAAGAUAUGGAGUGAGGAAAUCACCGAAUCCAAUCUUGCCAUCUCCGCCGUCUCGACAGUGACCUGGAUAAUCCGCGUUGUCCUCCUGCGAUACCAGCCCGGAAGCAGCCGCUGGAUCCUGGCGGCGUUCGACAUGCUCUUAGUAGCACUCUGGGCCAUCUCAGUCCACGCGCAGCUGUCUAGCGACUUGUCGGAUGCUGAACACCCGAGUGCGUGGCCUUGGUACUUGGUCCAUGCGUGUGGCGGUCUGGAUCACCAGGAACGGGGGUGCUGUACGUUGGCUCGGUGGUUUCUUGCGGCUUCCAGUAAUACAUUGGCCUUGUAUAUGGGGAGAUUUGGCUGGUGUGUCUUGAGUUUGUUCCGUGGAAAUGAAGCGGAGGUAGCAAAGCCUCCGCUUGCUUUCAGACGCGUAGAAUAGUCAUUUAGCGUUAUGGUGUUGUUUGUAUGAGUGGGAUUUGUGUGACUAAACGUUUGGGGCAUAGACUGAGCAUGAUUGAGCACAUUUUGUCCAAUAAAUUUAUACCAAGCCUCUGAACCCUCAGGCCAGCCUUGACACUAAAAUGCAUAUUAAUCUUUGUGGC